GUUGAAAUGCACACCAGCAAACACCAGGUGGAGAACGAGCAAGCUCUCUCCGAAGGCAGCUUCCAGGAACAUGGUUUUGCGACAGAGACCAGAGCAGUUGCACCAUCACAGCCCCUGGUUCCUUCUACUGAGACCCAGCCGCAGUUUCAGCCGGAGCCGUACAUGACGUCCGACCACAUGACGGGAGAGGCAUGCAGGGGCCAGGCAGAAGUGGAAGUCUGCUCGGUCCCCAGUGCAGAAGGGCCGUGGGCUCAUAAAGGAAACGAACUGCUUCCAGCCGAGGACCGUACGAGCGUCCCACCGACCACAGAGGUCGAGUUCCCAGAGGAGAGGAGGGCGAUGGAUGCAAGUUCGUGGAAGGGCCAUAAAACGAGGGAGCCGGUGUCGUUGAUGGAGAGGGAGAAGACGAUGCGGAACCUGGUAGACAUGCAGAGGAAGGUCGAGGAGAAGCAACAGAGAGACAGAGACAGACAGCUGCUACGGCUUCAGGAGCGACUUUCGAUUGUUCAGAACAAAAAGGCAGAGGAGGAUCUGCUAGGUCUGAAACAGAAAGAAGCACUGGAGCACCUCACACACAAUCUGCCACAGGAAGAUAAGCUUCAGCAGAAGACCGUGGUCCGAGCCCGGCUAGACCAGCUGAGGAGAGAGAGAUCCUGUGUGAUGCAGUCCAAACGAGACCGGAACACCGCUGGCUUUAAACAACUCCUGGGUCCGGUGGUCCACAGUUCAGACACAGCACAGCACAGAAUAACACAAAGUCAACCGCUUUCACACAAUACCAGCCAGCCACCACCCCAUUGUGUAACGCAUGCAUGCAACGCAUCCCCUACUGAUGAAAUGGUUUAACAGAUCAUUCAGAACUGAUGUAAGGAUUGCAUCUGAUCCAAUACCAGUGUUCCCAAUCUAUUUUAUUGCUUCCAUUGAUCGUAGCGUGUUUUAGAACAAAUGCACAAAUUCAUGAAUCCUUUUCUUGUUCACGUCCUUUACAUGAACAAGAAACAUUUAACCAAACUGGUUCAUCAUUUGUGUACACAGCCAUGACUUGACAAAGAGCACGUCUUGUGAAUGACCCGUGAAUGAGACUUGGUGAAGAAUAGUGAAUAUAAAUACCAAGAAAUAAAGAUUCAACAAAGACAACGGUCCUAUAUGGUAACUUUUUAAUAUAGUUCAUCUUGACAGAUAGGCAUAAACACGCUCAAUCAUUAGCAAUUGACCUCAAGUCUUCUGUAGGUUCUCUGUGGCCUGAAUAAGAUGAUACAAUACAUGCCACCAGCCUAGAGAGGUUCCCGUCCACACUCCUCUAUGUCCACAUAACAUUAGCAACAGAACAGGUAAACCCACAGGCUAUUUUGAAACAUAAGUGCUGUGACCUCAGAAUGGACCGUAGAUGCACCUCAGCACUAGAACAAGUAUUUACAGGCUCAUUGGGAGAG